GUGGCGAGGGGUGAUACCCCGGCUGGCGUGGUCUGGUGUCGGUGGCUAAGCUGCAUACGGUCGAGUCAGAGCUGCUCCUGCGACGCACAAAGCUCGGGUGGGCGGGUUCCCUUGCUGUCACUUGACUUAUUGCAAGGGGGAUAUUUGUGAGUAGUUUGUAGUUAGCCAAUAUGACCUACGAUGUCCGCAAAGGCGGCAUUCCCGCAUUGGCUUAUCCUCGCACCGAUCCUGCAUUACCUGUGUCGUUGUCUCUCAUCAUCAAGUGCCACGAUCAUCGCGCGCAGGUCACGCUGUGUCUGCAAUCUGCCGUGCCCGUCCAGGGCUCCGACCAGACUGUGAUUCUACAGUAUGACGCCGACAAUAUCGUCCCGGGCGCGAUCUCUGUCGGUCCUGCAGCCAUUCCCCUGCCGCAAGACCGUCUCGACGCCCUCGCACGCGCCGGCAACCCUCAAAUGCGCACACUGUCGUUGAAGCUGAAGAAGACGUGUCCUGUCUGGCUGCAGUCUACACCUCUCACCCCACGUCCUGGCAGCGAGGCGCCCUUUCACCAGCUCGCGAAGCUCGCCCGGGCUACCGAGGUCGAGAUCCUCUUCGACAACAAUUGGCUGCAUCGUGGAGUUACUGCUGGCUUCCAGCGUCUGGUUGGGCAUCCUGAGGAGCUCACCGGCUUUCCAGUCGAUCAACAUUACAGGCAACAACAGUACAAGCUGGUCGAUUGGCGGGCGUUCAACAUCGCAGAUACCAGAGAUGUCACUGCGACUGUCGAGGGUGAGCUGCCGCCUGCGUAUGCUGAAGGGAGCAACAAGCGGCCUAGACACGUCGCGACGCCAACACCAUCUUCUCCACCGCCGAAGCGAGUCCUACUCUCGCCAUUUGCAGGAGUACACGCAAGUCCGACCGAACGAGACAGCACGAGUCCCACACCCCCAAACUCCACAAUACCAAGCCCACACUUCUCGCCGCUCGCCGCGCUGCACUCAGUACCACACACACCGAUUGCAGACGCGGUAGCAUCGCCCACCGCGCCAUCCUCCGACAUCCACACCGCCGUCGAGAACGCACUCACCGCCCUCCUACCUUCCCUCCUCCCGACCAUCCUCCAGCGCCUCCUCACCAGCACGCCCUCUCCCACGCCCUCCCUCUCAAGCCAAACCUCGCACGCCGCGCCCCCGCCACGCCUGACCGCCCUCGGCGUCUCCCUCCACGACCGCCUCGCCGGCGAGCUCUCCUCCGAAGUUGCUUACAUUUACAACCACACGCUGAGCCACGCAAACUUCCUGCGCAGCGUGGCGGACGACCAGUUCGCGGCGAUGCUGGAGGAGGAGCGACUGGCGCUGGAGCGGGUUGCCGAGGAGAACUUUCAAGAGUUCAAGGAGAGGUGUGAGGGGGCUGCGGAGGAUGUGGAGGAGAGGGUUGGCUGGCGGAUUGAGGAGCUUGGGGAGGGGCUGGGAGAGAGGCUGGAAAAAGAGAAAGAGGAGCUGAUGAAGGGGAGAGAGGAGUUAAGGCUUGCAAAGGAGGAGUUGAGGAGGGAUGUAGAAGAGAUGCGCAGGGACAAGCGGGAGCUGAGGAGAGAAACUGCGGAGCUAAGACGGGAGAAGAAGAAGCUGAGGAAAGAGAGAAAAGAGUUCGAGAUUGAGAGGCGGGAAGCUAUGGAGAGCCGACCUGCUCAGCCGGGCAGAAGCGUAGAGAGCGUGCCGCCGUGAAGUGAGUUCUAUACCCGCCCAGUCCUGUUUACGCCGUCUACGCAGUCCUGUAGUCAGAAACCAUAUCGAAGACAUCGUCUUACCGAGCACGUCUCCAAUCCACCCUCCACCCACGCAGAUCCUAAUACGCAGUCUUGUCCUCGUUCCAAUCUUCCACAUAUGGUGGCAUCUUCGGUGUACACUCCCA